CGCUCGCCGGAAGGCUCAAGUCGAAGAGGGCUCGAAUGAGAGCGUUACAGCACUCUUAAAGUUCCAGAGAACCGCCGCCAUGGGGGUCUUCCGUGGCGAACCACCGCGGCCUCGAUGGCUGCCGAGACUGCUGAUGAUAUCACUGGUGUUGAUCGGAGCUGUGCAGGGCCGUCCCAGCGGCCAGCCGGCCGUGUGCGGCCGGUCCUGCUGCUCCGUGAUGCCCUCGUGUGAAGACGCCUAUAGAGUGACGUGCGACUGCCCAGACCUGGACAAAAUGAUCAUUCGGAAAGAAGACCUUCCCUCUGCUGCCCGCGAGGUGGCCAUCCGCCGCCCGCGACACGUCAUCCUCGAGGAGAACACCAUCGGAGGCCUGCCGUUCCUGGUCAGCUUCACCGUCAGCGAUGUGGGCCAGCUGGAGAUCAGACGGGGCGUCAUUUCGUCAGAGAUUUCGACCCAACUGCGCCGACUAAAUUUCUUCCGUAUUGAUUCACUAAUAGUUGAGCCUGGAGCUUUCUUCGAUUCUAGAGAAAUGGAACAAGUUUCGAUUGCGUUUCAUCAAAUCAGGCUUCUUGUCAUCGAGACCAACGCAUUCGACAUGUUUCUUGAAGACCUAGUCCUGAAAAACGUCAAAGACGCUUACAUGAGACCGGAAGGCUUUUUCAAGUCAAUUUCGAUGAUUGAGUUGAAUAAUGUGUCCAUUGAAGAGUGCCACCAAGGAUCAUUCGGUCAGAAUUCCAGACGCGUCAUGUGGACUGAUGUAACAAUGGAAGAAGCAAAACCGGGAUGUACCACUUUCAGGGAUGGUGCCACUUUUGAUGUCCAGGGUCUGAGACUAAACACUGUGAAAACCAAAGCAUUCUCCGGCAAUCCUCGCGAAGUGGUGAUCCGAGACAGCCAGCUGGGUCAUUUACACCAAAAUGCCCUCCAUCUCCGGCUCACUAAAUUUACAUUAAGAAAUGUAGAAGUUGGUACGCUGCAUCCGUUCUCUCUUCACAUCAGUUCGAAAGGCCCAGUCUAUAUCGACCAUGUGCAAAUCGAUGAAAUGCAACGUGACGCCCUUCGGGGCAUCCGUUUGAAGUCUUCUGCCCCAGCGAAACUGCUCCUGAUUGAUCUGGAGAUCCUUUCAGCAGAAAACUCAUCGUUUGCUCUCUCUAAAACGAUAAAAGAUCGCAGCCUGAACGCAUCCCGCAUCAAUGUGAAGUCAAGACCCAUUCCCGUGUGUCCUAACGAGAAGUACGCCCGCUUCUUGACUGGUGUCGGGGACACAGGACAGAUGACCCCAGCCCAAAGCAAAAUCUCAGAGGCACUCACAGGAAACAUCUUUUGCGAUUCAUUUGAGUGGGAAGGCAGCGAGGACUUCGAGAGACCGAUGGUUGAAACAGCUCAAGACGCCUCAGUGGAACCCAAAAACGGACAUGGACCUGGAAAUCGCCCUAAGGGCGACCGUGGACUGGAAGAAGAAGACGUCUCUGACGCUGACAAUGAGGACGAAGAUAGACCUACAAAGCAGGAGGAGGAAAGGCCCGGACACGACGCCGAGAACGCGAGUGUAUCCAGCGGUGGCGUAGACGACCGCGAUGGACUUCAAGUUCGUACUCACGACGACCAUGGUCCCACAGCUGAUACCAAAGACGACCAUGGACCGACGGCUGAUACCAAAGACGAUCAUGGUCUGACAGCUGAUACCAAAGACGACCAGCGAUCGACAACUGAUACCAAAGACCAAGACGACCAUGUUCCCACAGCUGAUACCAAAGACGACCAGCGGCCGACAGCUGAUACCAAAGACGAUCAUGGUCUCACAGCUGAUACCAAAGUCGACCAGGGACCGACAACUGACACCAAAGACGACAAAAUUUCUGUGCGUGACAAUGAUGAUAACGAUGGUCAUGCUGCUACUGAUGACGGCGGAUCUAGGACUAUGGCUGUGGUGGGUGGCGUUCUUGGUGGCGUUGCUGCCUUCGCUCUACUGCUGGCAGCUGUAGGCUUAUGGAAGUAUCCAAACUGCCGAGACAGAGCUUUGGGUUACUUCAGAGCUUUCGAGGGAUGAGCAAACACCUAAAAAACCACUUACCUGACAUUGAUUGGGAGGAGUGGGGAGGAGGAUGUUUGACGGCGUCCUGCCGACUUCCCGCGAUAGCUCAAAAACUACAUAAUAACGCGAUUUUCCUGAAAUACAUAUGAUUUAUCCUCUCUUAAAUUAUUUACAUCCGCUUUAAGUUUCAGUUCAUUCGACAAAAAAGGAAGGUUUUGAUCUUAUUUGUUACGUCACUAUACGCCGCUUCCAUUUCAUAAUUGGAUCUAUUUAACCUGAUCUUGACUACCUUGAGGUGCAAAAAUUGGUUUCAAGUAACCCAUAGGAUACUUUUAUCCUAUGGGUAAAAGUAUCCUAAAAGUAUCCUACGGGAGAGCCAGCCGGGCCACGGGAUCCCGGUGGCGGCCGCCCCGUGACACAGUGAUGCAAAUGGGGUUCACGAGUGGCCAUAAAUACCGAAAAGGCCGGAAUUUCAAGUUCACUUAAUCGAAUAAAUCGUAAUAUGGCCAGUCAGGCAAAUGCUUGGGGUAUCUGAAAAAAACAUGAUUUUUACAUUUUUGUCAAAACCGGCCUCGUGUAUGAUUGUCAGAAGUCGUGAUAUUUUCUAUGUCGUAAAAUGACUGUCAGAUACUCGCAAGUUCAAACGCCGCUAGCGUGCGUUCAUUUCAUACAAAUAGCAAAAAUUAUGCAUAGCAAUGAUCCCCAAGGUCUGCUGCUUCUAAUCCAGGGUCACAAAAAGCCGUAUCUCUUUUGGUUUGGCGUUGGUCUAACUAUUUGCCAUCAUGUUUCAAUCGCAGUUUUUUAUUUAAAAAUAUUUGCUUUCGUUUCACCUACAGCAGUUUACACAGUAUGUGCCCGUUAGUGCACCAUACCAUAGCAUUCCAUUUCUGAGCCGCACUGUGAAAGAAUGAAGGCGCUAGCACAGGGCUGACCGGCGCUAAUAAAGCUUUUGUCCGUUGCGGUCGGGUGCCGCGGACAAAAACACGAAUAGGGUAGUGUAGUGUAGUGUAGUGUAGUGUAGUGUAGUGUAGUGUAAAGUAGGAGUAGGAGUAGGAGUAGGAGUAGGAGUAGAGGUAGGAGUAGGGUAUGGUAGGGUAGUGUAGGAUAGUGUAGGGUAGUGUAGGGUAGUAUAGGGUAGUGUAGUGUAAUGUAGUGUAGGAUAGGAGUAGGGGUACCGUAGGAGUAGGAGUAGGGGUAUUGUAGGAGUAGAGUAGGAGUAGAGUAGGAGCAGGGUAGGGUAGGGGUAGGGUAGGGGUGGGGUUGAGUUAAAAAAACGCCCAGCAUACAAAAGACUUGAACACCCCGCAGUUAUCACCAAUAUACCUUACAGUUUAAUUAAAAACAGCAACCUAAAUCUACCCAAAUAAUACAGCUAGAAAUACAAGUCACUCACCCAAACUAAUGUACCCGUAACAUUAAAUAAAGCAAAACAUACAGGUAUCGCGUAAACCUGUACCUCUAGUGUGUCCUAACUUUUAGAUGCUGUCGAAUGGUGUGUCUCUUAGAUAUUUUGUAUCGACUUUAUUUAAACGGUUCGUUACAGCUUAGUUUUGGUAUCUGAAAUGUUUGGGUUAUUUUCUUUCAAUCAUGCUCCAUAUAUAACCAUCUUUAUAGUUUCUUGAUCGAUAGGUAGUAUUCGCACUUUCUGUAAUGGAAAAACCAUUUGUGUUGUUCAUGUAAUAUGUUCAAUAUAUGUUGUUCAAGCAAUAAA